AUUGUAGCGCGUGCGCGGCUUAUACAAAUUGCAAAGAAAUCUUUCACUUUGAUAGACUUCGUUUUCUGAUAAACGUAUAAACAUGACAAGUGCUAAUUUUCCAUUAAUGAUGCUGAUAAACGACACAGAUUGUGGCAUUUGUGGAAUGAUGGGACCACCACCAGACUCAAUACUCUACAUACCGCCACCACCAAUACCUCUUUUUCUUCAAUAUGGAUCCGAAAUUGUUGGGGAAGGUAUUCAACCAUCACGUCUUAAUAAAAGUCUCUGUCGUCACCGCUGUGACUGGAAAGUUGAUGGAGUUCAAUACGUUGAAAUGCCACAACAAGGAACACUUUUUGAUGACACAUGGCUAUUGAUUCUUGUCAUGUCGUGCCUUUGUAUCAUUGUCAUUAGUGUUUUGUUAGCAACCUUGUUGCUUCGCUGUAAAUUUCGAAGUAGUCAGAAAGGAGGUGCGAUAUCUUUGCCAGCAACAACAAUAUCACAGCCAAAAAACAACCGUAUACAAAGUGAAGCUGUUUUGUAUCCAUGUACUGCUGAUAGUUUGCAAGAUAGCAGAAUCAUGUGGGCAACAUUGACACCACGUGGUACAACGCGACAUUAUUUAGAGGACCAUACUUAUGAAACUAUUGGUAAUAAUGUCAUGACACCAAAACGCACCUAUCCAGCUCCUGGACCCAUCGAAAAUAUUUAUAUCGAACCACCGAUAGUAUCUCAAAUUCCAACAACUCCAAAAGAUGAUAUCGCGUUUGAUAACACUGGUUUCAUUGAUUACGAAGAACCAUUGUCAAUGCAAGCUGAAUACUUCCAACUCAAUGAUGUCUUGGAACCAAUUGAUUCUGAUAUUUAUGGAUUGCAUCGAGAAACAACAUUUCGUCCUCACGUCAGUUCACCGACUAGAAUAGAGCAUCCAAAUUUACCACCAUUGAAUCUUUAUCCACAUAAUACGAGAAGUAUUCGCAAGGUUUCUGGUAUGCAACAGAUCAGCGUUGACCCAAUGCUUGGAAGUAGUCACUCGACGACAACGUAUACACCAAACAUAUAAAUUUUUUUUUAUAUAGUUCUAAGGCAAGAAUGAGCUUUUUUAUUUAUUUAUUGUUUAAUUAUUUCUUUGUUUUGGCACAUAGUAUAGUAGAGACAUAAUCAAUACAUUUUUUACAAUAAUAUAUCAUAAUUAUUACAUCAAGUAGCUUGAUAAUAAUGAAUCAUUUUAAUUGCAUACAAUUGAUGUUUUAUAAAAUCAAGUAUGACAAGUUACUACAUAUAGUAUAUUGUUGAACAAACACAAUACUAUACUAUAACUAUUAUAUAAAUCUCUAGGUGAUUAAUCAAUAAUAGUUAAGUCAUAAUUUAAUUAUUUUUCUCAUGUAACUCCAAUUUUACCUUUCGAUCGUAUUGAGUUAAAAAGACUAGAAAUGCAAGAAGACGAACUUGCUAUUUCAACGUGUGUAUAAGUGUAUGACAUCGUGUCGAUAAUAAAAUAAUUUCAACCAUCUUGAAGCCCUCCAUGGACUUUAAUAGUAGUUGAAUCCCAUGUAGACUUCCAUGAUUUAUCCUACACACAGGCCUACUACUAUCUACUAUUCGCACUGUUUAAUGAUUGUUAAUAUUACAGGUAUAUUAUAAAAAUAUUAUUGUAUAGUAUAUAAGAUUGAUAUAUACCAUAUAAUAAAUACGUAUUUAUUAUAUAGUAUCUCAACAAAAAAAAAAAAAACAAAGUUUUUUUCUACAAAAAAAGUGUCAA